GAAAGUGAAAUUGAACUGGAGCCAUUUCCCAGCCCAUCUCCAGGCCCGGGCCUGUCCGACUAGAGAGGCUGACGGCCCGCGUUAAGGAGGGUCCCUCCCGGGGAGGGUUGCGCUGCCGGCAGGCGGGUGGGAGUCAGGACAUGCCUUGGAUGUGCCAUGGACCCGAGGCAGGGGUGUUCCCGGAGCAGGAGCCAACCCCAUCCACUUCAAGGCUAUGAGCCCAGCAAGCUCAGACACCAGCAGCCAGGGCUGGGACUGUAUCCUGAUAGUUUCCAGCUCCAGCAAAUAGAGUUUCUCAAGGGGCGGCUCCCGGAAGUACCCCUAAUUGGAAAGCAGACACCAUCACUGCCACCAUUCCUCCCUGGACUUGGGCCAAGGUUUCCAGGACCACCUGCCAGAGGCAGGCAGCUAGAGCCCUGGGGUGUCCCCUGGGGCGGGCAUCUCAGCAGUCAGGUGCUCCCGAGAGAGUUCCAGCACCCUUCCCCACCUGGCCAGAUUCUCCCAUGGAGAGGUGUUGAUCAGCUCUCCUCACGUUUCCGGGAACUGACUAUCAGCCAGGAUCAGGAACAAAGGGUCUUAGAGGAGCUUGGGGAAGGGAAGGCCGCCACAGCGCAUGAUCUAGCCUGGAAGCUCCAAACCCCCAAGAGGGAAAUAAAUCGCAUUUUAUACUCUCUGGCAAAGAAGGGCAAGCUGCAUCGGGAGGCAGGAACUCCCCCUUGGUGGAGAAUUGCCGUCCCAGGUCAGACGUGCAAUCCACCCAGCCAAGUAGCGAGAGCGGACCCUUGUAGCCAGGGAGCUCCAGGCUCAGACCCCGGUUUGGAAACUGAAGACAGAAGCCCCACACCUGACUUGGAAGCCCCGCCUGAGCCUUUCGACAUGGCUGAGAUCAAGGAGAAGAUCUGUGACUACCUGUUUAACGUGUCCAACUCCUCUGCCCUGAACUUGGCUAAAAACAUUGGCCUCACCAAGGCCCGAGAUGUGAACGCUGUGCUGAUUGACUUGGAGAGGCAAGGGGACGUCUGCAGGCAGGGGACCACCCCUCCCAUGUGGUAUCUGACGGACAAGAAGCGGGAGAGGCUACAAAUCAAGAGAAGCACAGACAGCGUUCCCGAAACCCCUCAAGCUGCGAGCCCGGAGACCCCCCCAGUCGUGGAGCCCACCCCCUGCACCUUCCCCGAGCCGGAUGCCUCAGACAGCACGGUCCCCACAGAAGAAGUGGAGAAUGGGCAGGAACCCGUCGCAAAGCUAGAAACCAAGCAAGAGGUCACACCAGACCUGAUAAAACUGAAACCACCUGUCCACGACAACGGCCCCUCCAAAACAGGGUAUGUUGACUUUGAAAAUGGCCAGUGGGCCACAGAUGACAUCCCCGAUGACUUGAAUAGUAUCCGCGCAGCACCAGGUGAGUUUCGAGCCAUCAUGGAGAUGCCCUCCUUCUACAGUCAUGGCUUGCCACGGUGUUCACCCUACAAGAAACUGACAGAAUGCCAGCUGAAGAACCCCAUCAGUGGCCUGUUAGAAUAUGCUCAGUUCGCUAGUCAGACCUGUGAGUUCAACAUGAUAGAGCAGAGUGGACCACCCCAUGAACCUCGAUUUAAAUUCCAAGUUGUCAUCAAUGGCCGAGAGUUUCCCCCAGCUGAAGCUGGCAGCAAGAAAGUGGCCAAGCAGGAUGCAGCCAUGAAAGCCAUGACAGUUCUGCUUGAGGAAGCAAGAGCCCAGGACGGUGGAAGAUCAGAAGACGCGUACUUCUAUUCCUCGGAGAAGGAGUCCCAGAAGACCGCAGAGUCCCAGACUACCACCCCUUCAGCAACAUCCUUCCUUUCUGGGAAGAACCCCGUCACUACACUGCUUGAGUGUGUGCACAAGUUGGGGAGCUCCUGUGAAUUCCGCCUCCUAUCCAGAGAAGGCCCUGCCCAUGACCCCAAGUUCCAGUACUGCGUUGCAAUGGGAACCCAUACUUUCCCCACCGCCAGCGCCCCCAGCAAGAAGGCGGCAAAGCAGUUGGCUGCUGAGGAGGCCAUGAAGGCCCUGCACCGGGAGGCCACCAGCUCGCUGUCUUCCGAUAACCAGCCUGGAAGCACAAACUCGGAAUCAUUCGAUAACCUGGAAUCCAUGAUGCCCAACAAGGUCAGGAGGGUUGGCGAGCUCGUCCGAUACCUGAACACCAACCCCGUGGGCGGCCUGUUAGAGUACGCCCGCUCCCAUGGUUUUGCUGCUGAGUUCAAGUUGGUCGACCAGUCCGGACCGCCUCACGAGCCCAAGUUCGUUUACCAAGCAAAAGUUGGGGGUCGCUGGUUCCCAGCCGUCUGCGCACACAGCAAGAAGCAAGGCAAGCAGGAAGCUGCAGAUGCGGCCCUCCGCGUCUUGAUUGGGGAGAACGAGAAGGCUGAGCGCAUGGGUUUCACAGAGGUAACCCCAGUGACAGGGGCCAGUCUCAGAAGAACUAUGCUCCUCCUCUCAAGGUCCCCAGAAGCACAGCCAAAGACACUUCCUCUCACGGGCAGCACCUUCCACGACCAGAUAGCCAUGCUGAGCCACCGGUGCUUCAAUGCCCUCACCAACAGUUUCCAGCCCUCCUUGCUUGGCCGCAAGAUCCUGGCUGCCAUCAUCAUGAAGAAAGACUCUGAAGACCUGGGUGUCGUGGUCAGCUUGGGGACGGGGAAUCGCUGUGUGAAAGGAGAUUCUCUGAGUCUCAAGGGAGAGACGGUCAAUGACUGCCAUGCAGAGAUCAUCUCACGGAGAGGCUUCAUCAGGUUUCUGUACAGCGAGUUAAUGAAAUACAACCCCCACACCGCGAAGGAUAGCAUAUUUGAGCCCGCUAGGGGAGGAGAAAAGCUCCAAAUAAAAAAGACCGUGUCCUUCCAUCUCUAUAUCAGCACGGCCCCAUGUGGGGAUGGUGCCCUCUUUGACAAGUCCUGCAGCGACCGGGCUGUGGAGAGCACAGACUCCCGCCACUACCCUGUCUUUGAGAACCCCAAGCAAGGCAAGCUCCGCACCAAGGUAGAGAACGGGGAAGGCACCAUCCCAGUGGAGUCCAGUGACAUUGUGCCCACGUGGGACGGCAUUCGGCUGGGAGAGAGACUCCGCACCAUGUCCUGUAGUGACAAAAUCCUGCGCUGGAACGUGCUCGGCCUGCAGGGGGCGCUGUUGACCCACUUCCUGCAACCGGUGUAUCUCAAAUCCGUGACACUGGGUUACCUUUUCAGCCAAGGGCAUCUGACCCGUGCCAUCUGCUGCCGCGUGACAAGAGAUGGGAGUGCCUUUGAGAAUGGACUCCGGUACCCCUUUAUCGUCAACCACCCCAAGGUUGGCCGAGUCAGCGUAUAUGAUUCCAAAAGGCAGUCGGGAAAGACCAAGGAGACGAGCGUCAACUGGUGUUUGGCCGAUGGCUACGACCUGGAGAUCCUAGACGGGACCAGAGGCACCGUGGACGGGCCGAGGAAUGAAUUGUCCCGAGUCUCCAAAAAGAACAUUUUCCUUCUAUUUAAGAAACUCUGCUCCUUCCGGUACCGCAGGGACCUACUCAGACUCUCUUAUGGUGAGGCCAAGAAAGCCGCCCGCGACUACGAGAUAGCCAAGAACUACUUCAAAAAAAGUCUGAGGGACAUGGGCUAUGGGAACUGGAUAAGCAAACCUCAGGAGGAGAAGAAUUUUUACCUCUGCCCAGUGUAAUGUGAUGCAGUGACUGAUGGGUCGGGGCGUUUCACACUGGGGUGAGGGAGAGGUCGUAGCAUUCCUCAUCACAUCGAUCAGGGGGGUGGGCCUUUUGUUUUCCUUUGGUUUUUGUUGUUUUCUUCUUUCUCUUGUGUUUUUUUGUUUUUGUUUUUUUUUAAUGGAACCACAAUUGGCGACACAGAGAACUCUGAGUUCCUGUCUAUCCUUUCUUUGGGAUGACGAGGCCGGGUCUGGCCGGCCCCCUCCUCUUCCCAAGCCAAGAGGUAGAGACCUCAGGGGAGAGAAGAGGGGUUGGAGGGUUGCUCCUUCUUUCCAGCCCGAGCGUGAGCCGUCACUGAGCACCUGCCGCUCACUUCCUCUCCGUUCUUCUUGGGUUCUUUGCGUUUCCUCUCGCUCUGUGUUUGCUACACUGACCUCUUGUGGUCUCGAGUAGGCUCCAGUCAAGUCUGUGUGAACCACGCCAGGGACUGAGGAUUUCAUUUGUCCGUGCUGAGGCCCCUUUGCUUCCCCUCCUCCCCUUCUGAGAUUCUUUCCUCACGAUCCACCCUCCAGUUUUGCCUUUUCCUCCAAGAGGGUGAAGAGGUGAACUCAAAGAAUUUGGUGAAACACUUCUAAGGGCAGGAGUUUAAAACUGCAGUCCGUUUGUGACUGGUGCCAAGUGCAGUCAGAAUCUGCAGAUAAUGCUCAGCGAUCUUUGGAUCUUGCACUUUAGCCAGCUCAGGAGGGGCCCAGAGGCAGGACGGCUGCUGCUGGGGAAGUGGGGAGGCGUGUCCCGUCCCCGGGCGGCAGGGGAGGCUGGGGCCGGCCAGACUGGGCUGCAGGAAUUGCCCAGGUAAGAGAGGAGGCCUGCCCCGCAGGGUGGCACCAACCGCUUGCCAGGGAGGCAGUCGCACAGCGAAGUGUUGCCAAGCUCCAGCUGCCCCUCCUCCUGACAUUUCUAGGGAUGCGUGUCCCACCACCGGAGGGAGUAGGGCCAUCGACCCCCCACCACUGGUAGGAAAACACCCAGGAGGAAUCCUAAAGUGUAAAUCGUCUCUGCUCAGAUAAUCAGGACUCAGCAAGAAUAAAAUCAUGUUAGGUCACAUCACUGUUCCACCUGGCAUGUUUCUCAUGAUGGUGACACCGAGGGGAGGUGACUGAGUCAUGGGUACAUUGGGAGUUUUUAAAGGAUGUUGAUCCUUAACAGCUGUACAGAUAAGAAGCUCAGACGUAAUUUUUUCUCUUUGAUUAACCAAGUGCUUAUGUCUUCCCCGAUAGCUUCAGCAGGUUGUUGGUGGGCAGGUGGCAGCCCUGCGGCCUCCCUGCCUGCUGGGGAAUCUUUAUAGGGUUGACAGUCAACAGUCAUUAGGUGGAAAAGGAGGGUGUCCCAAACCCCUUGGCCUACACUUGAAGCUGCCGUGGAUGCUCGUGUGGUCAGACCCUUGUCUUUCCGUGGCGUCUGGCCCUGGGCCUAAGCCAGCCAGACGUGCUCAAGAGAAGUACAGCGGCCCUGCCCCCUCCAAACCUGAGCCUGCCUCUUUCCUCUGGAUGUUUCCUCUGCGUUUAUCUGUGAACGGGCCGAGCCGGUGCCCUCAGCCGCUCCCCUCAGCCGCUCCCCAUGCCCCCCCUACCCCCACAGACGGCUCUUAACCCUCCGUGCGUCCCAGCUCUUCAGCAGUAGGUGCAUCCAUGUCCACGCAUUUGUUCUUGUGGCUACUGUUCUCUCUGUACUUUUGGCCAAAAGGAGACAACAAAUUUUUAAAUACAUUAAGGGUGUCUUUGCGGAACUCCAAAGUGUCCCAAGGAACCUGGAGGGAAACGGUGCCGGUCUUCUGCGGGGGAGGGGGCCUGCCCCCCCCCCCCCCCCCCCCGAGCCCUGCGAACCUGCUGAAGGCACGUGCUGUCAGCCCUGCCUUGGGAGGCAGCUCAUCUCCCUGGUUCUUGGGCCUGGAAGGGUGUUGCCUACUGAUUCUCGGCAUGUGGGGCCCCGCCAGGCCAUCCUGGGCAUUAGCAUCUCCUGCAGAGUGCAGGCUGUGCUGUCUUUCCUGUCACCGGGAGCACGGGUGCUCUCAAGGCGGCCAAACCCCCGCCUGCCCAGGAUCUUGUCUAGCAAGCUGACAGUAUUCAGUUUUUGCUGUAGGAAGAGAACAAGGCUUCCCUGUAACCCCCACCCCCGCCAACAUCUGCUGGAAACAAGCCUAUGUCAGGCCCUGCACGGCUGCCCCCCGCCCCCGCAACCCCCCCCCCCAAUGCCCCUCGAGUCACAGAGACAGAGGAGGCAGAGCUCCCACCCAGAGUGCGCGCUUCACUUUUUCGUCCAAUCUUUGUUUUUGAUAAGCAGAAUUUUCUCCCCCCCCCCCAGCUUUUUUUUUGUUUUUUAAUGAUCUUUGUAGUUGAUUUGUCUAAACUGUGGCUAUUGUGUAUUCUUUGAAUAUAAUCACUUGUAAAAAUUGUCACCGCUGCAAGCUAUUUCUUUUACCCACGUUGAGGAGACCUUGUGGGUUUUGGGGUCUCGAUAGUGACUCCAAGUGCGGAGUAGAGAAAAGCCCAAGCAGAGGCUUGGGUGCCACGAUGGCCGCAGUCAGUUUUAUGAUUCUGCUUCUGUGUGUCCCUUGGUAAAGUGACAACAAUAUACAUUCCUCAUAAAUAAAAAAAAAAAAUCUGAAUUGU